AUGGCUGGCUAUCUACAGAAAUUACGGCCGCUGGCCUUUUUACGGCCAAGCAAUGGUGUGCCGCAAACUGCCAUACGGUCAAUCACUACGAAAUAUACGCCAAAGCCAAGUCCGGUGCCUCUGCCAGAGAAUUUACCGGAAUCAUACUAUUCACAGCUCCCUAAAAGACUGCGACCACAACCAGAGAAAAAGCAAUGGAAGAUUGUCCCAUCUCCUCCGUCGGAAAUGAAUGUGUGCAAAGACCCCAUCGCAACUAUCACAGCAAGGCAAAUGGCCGUUCUAGACCCGAUUGGUGAAAGAAAGGCUCUUUUCGACUAUCGACGCAGCCCUCGCAGUGUUAAACCCGGUGAUAUUGUUCGGGUUACUUUCAAGAGCGGCGAUCCGUUCAAUGGCAUUUGCUUGGCCAUCCGACUUCGAGGCGUUGAUACAUCCUUUUUACUCAGAAAUAAUCUGACAAGAGUCGGUGUGGAAAUGUGGAUCAAGGCUUAUAGCCCGAACGUCGAAGGUGUAGAGAUUGUGCAAAGAACUGAGAAGAGGAAGAGGAGAGCUCGUAUCUACUACAUGCGGCAACCCAAGCAUGAUAUUGGCAGCGUUGAGAACAUUGUCCGCAACUACCUCCGCCAGAAGUCCGCCAUGGCUGGUCGAACAUAG